AUCCCCCCCUAUGCAACUAUAUAUACACAGCCAUGGCACCAAUGCUUGACGAUCCAAACCCAUAAACCAUCAACAUAUACCAUGGGAGAAGUCAACCCGUCAUGCAUCCUUUCAGAAGAACACAGGCCCAAACAUGUCAUCACUGAAGGUGAAGGAAUCCCAUUGAUCGAUCUCUCUCCAAUAACCAACAGGGAAGGGUUAUCAGCUGAUCCUAAUAAGGCAGUGGAAGAUCUUGCUGCUAAGAUAGGUGAGGCUUGCAGGACUUGGGGGUUCUUCACCGUGAUCAACCAUGGCGUGCCUUUGGGCAUCCGGAGAAGAAUCAUGGAGGUGGCACGGGAAUUUUUCGCAUUGCCGGUGGAGGAGAAGAAGAAAGUGAGCAGAGAGGACCAUAACACGGCUGGGUUUCAUAACGAUGAGCAUAGCAAAGACUUUAAGGAUUGGAAAGAGGUUUAUGAUUUUUAUGUUAAUGAUGGGAUGCUAAUGCCGGCUUCCCAUGAACUUGAUGACCCUGAAAUUGUUCCAUGGUUCACUCCAUGGCCCGAGAACCUACCGGAGUUCAGGGAGACAUGCGAAGAAUAUGGUCGAGCAUGUGAGAAGCUAUUCUUCAAUUUGUUGGAACUUGUCAGCCUCAGCUUAGGUUUACCCCCCAAGAGGUUGCAUGGGUACUUUGAGAAUCAAGCAAGCUUUGCC